AGGAGAGUGGGAGAAACUGAGAGAGAGUAGGAGGAAUGAAAAUAAGAGUUUACAUGCAAGUCAGCAUCACAACUGGAAGCACAGCAUUUCAACAGCACAGACCUUUAUGUUAUGUAAUGCAAAGGGUAACUGAAGUUUGACUUAAAUACAGCAUAACUGCUGCUUAAAGAGACCGACCAAUAGUAGCUACCCCAGUCAAUAAGAAGCCACACGUCUCCUUUGAGUCCUAAAUCAUUCUCCUCAUCAAAAUCAUUUAAACAAGUAUUAGCACCUUACACAGCUGAACUUUAAUCUUUCAGAAAGUGCUUAUGCACUCAAAAUAUCUUCACAGCAUUUCCUGAUAACAUCUCAAAUGAUCUCAUUCUUUCCCAUAAGCAAAUUUCCACCAUAAAAAAUGCAAUGCAAUUGACAUUUCCCCACAACUACUAAAAAAGUUGUUUUAACCCGAGAAAGAAGAGGACAGCACAGCAUUUAUGUCUAAUGUGAUAUUGCAUGAUCUUUGUUGUGCUCAUGGCAAAAAAUACAAGUUCCUCCGGGGUCUUAGAAAAAUGGGAUUCUGUACCAAAUGAACAGCCAUCCGAACCCAUUUUUAAAACCCCUUCACCCUUUUGGAAUCAGGAUUUAUUAUACAGAAGAUCUAGACAAAUACGUGAAUCCACGCCUGAUGUUGUCACAGAUGGAUUUAACCUGUAUACUUACAGGUAUGAUUUAGGCUCUGUCACAAGCCCAAACCUCUCAUGUGUUAUAGGAGCAAAUCAGAGCCAUCCUUCGCCGAGUCUGAACUCUACUAGCAGUAGAUAUCUACCACCUUCAUCGAAAUUACUUGUCAGCGACCCACACACGCUGCACAGUAUUGGAAGGGGCACUCCAUACUGGAGUUAUUUACCUCCAGAAGUAGGACAUGGACUUGUCAAAGGUUUCAGAAAGCUGCAUAAUCCACAAAUUGACCCAUUGUCAGCUUCAUAUUUUUAUAGAGGGGUUGUAAGGGAUGCUCCAAGAAGAGAUAUUCCAAAUGAGGAAGUCAAAAUGUACAUGCAAAAAGAGAGACAGAGAUAUUCACAUUGGUACCACGAACCACAAAGUUAUAGAAUCUGCUCUAAAACAGAUCGUGAGAGACAUUGUGUGAAAAACAACCCACUGCUAGGUUCUUUAUUACAUACAGAUUCUAAUAAAGAAUAUUUUAAGCACAGUAUUGAGUACAAACAUCACCAGCCGCUCACUUUGUACGACUCUACUCAUGCUGUGCCUGAAAAAUCACAGCGGGAAAGUGAAAAACAAACAAGAGAGGAGCUCCCCCUGCUGGUCUGGAGAGAAGAAGAAGCAGAAAAACACAAUCACCAAACAAACACUAGCUCACAGACUACAUCCUCCUCUUCUGCCCUUUGGGUGCUCCGUCGCUUUGCAGAAGGCACUUUGGUGGAACUCGAGGGCGGCCGGCUGAAGCGGGUGGAGGAUUUAAAGAUGGAGGAUUUGGAGCGGUGUGCUCAGUUACAUCCUGAGCUGACACUGAAGCGUUUCACUGUGUUGAAGAUGACUCCCUCACAGACCCCAACGCUCUCAUGUUUACGUGUGGAGAUUGAGCAUGACCACUCACAGUUGUCACUGGAGGUGAGUGAAGGGCUGCCCUUCUUUGUUUGCGGUUAUGGCUGGUCCUCCUGUAACCCUCAACAUACAAGUCAAACCUGCAGACUACAAUGCCGCCGACUAAAGGUGGGUGACGUGUGCCUGGCACUGACGCAUAUGCCCACCUCUUCAUCUCAGCCUGCCAAUCAGAGCCUAGAUGAAGUUGGUGGAGAUCAAGCGUUCCCAAAGUGUCAUGCCGAAAACAACUCCACAAUGCAGAAGAAAAAACAAUCAAGAAAGAGACACUUCACAGCUCCUGAACUAAGCGGCUAAAGGCUAAGUCAUAUAUUGUAUUUUAUUUUAUUUUUUUACUUUUUUAUAGAACAGAAGUCUUUGUACAUUGCAAAUACCAUCUUUUGGAAAUAUAACUGUGUAAAUAGUAACUGCAAUAUUGCCAGUUCAACUACACUAUCGUUCAAAAGUUUAGGGUCAGUGAGUUUAUUUUAUUUUUUUAUAAUAUAAACUUAAUAUAAAGACAAUAUUUUAUAUAUUUAAUUGGUCAAAAGUGGCAGUACACAUAAUUCUUAUGUAAAAUAUGUGUGUUUCUUUGACACUUUCUAUUCAUCAAAGAAUCCAGCAAAGACAUAUCAUAUUUUCCAUACAAUACUAAGUAGCACAAUGUAUUUCAGCAUUGAUAGUAAUAAGAAAUAUUUAUUGAGUACCAUAUCAGCAAAUUAUAGUUAUUUAUUAAGUAUCAUGUGACAGUACAUGUAGACUGGUGUAAUGGCUGCUGAAAAUUUAUUUUUGAUAUAACAGGAAUUCAGUUUUGAAAAAAUAUUAUAAUAAAAAAACAAUACAAUAUAAUAUAACAACAUUUACACUAUUUUAUCAAAUCAGUGCAGCAUAGGCGAGCAUAAGAUUAAAAAUGUAUUAACUAAUAUCUUACAGACCCCAAAACUUUUGAACAGUAGAUUAUUUUGUCACAAAAUACCCAUCAGACUCCUUAAAACAUUCUUACAACACCUAACAACAACAAAAUUGGAUAUUACAGUUGUUAUGUUUUGUUUUUAUGGUCUAUAAUUCCCUGUAUGCACAUACACUGGUAUCAAGAACAUGUUAAAAACCCUAUACAAUAUCUGAUAUUGAUAUCUGAUAACUUUUUGACACUGGACUUCGUGGACUUCUGUUAAAUUGGUGGAAAUCUUUAUACCUGUGUACUUCCAAAAGCUGACCAAAUAAACUUAGCAUAUGCAAAUAAUAUUUAUGACAUCAUUUCCUGCACAAGACUGUAUAUUUUUUGUUGUUGUCCAAUAAUAAGCUUUCUAUGAUGGGAAUAUAAAUUGUUAUAAAUUAUUUUAUCAUUGAAUAAAUUAUUUUAGAAAUGCAUUACCAGUAUUAUACAUUUGAAAAACACGUUGUUAUACAAAUACCACCUGCAAAUCAUAGGCUAAGUUUAGAAUAUAUGCUCCCAAGCUACUUUUAUUUUCUGCAUUAUAGCAUGUAUAGUAUGCAACCCAUAGAUCUGAUGAAUAAAGCUGCCAUCAUUCCCAUUCACCAUAAUGACAGCUGCUUUGUUGCAACAAGACCUCCCAGAUGUAUACAACUUCACGAGAUAAACAGAACCCACUUGCUGAAACAAACAUGCAAUAUAAUGAGGGCAUGUAACAAUAGCAUAGCAUGCUACUGUUUAAAAUAUUAGCAUAAUGCAUACUGUUUUAUAUCCAAUUUCUGCACAAGGUAUCUAUGUAAUACUUAAUACCUAGCGAGUUAAUCAUUAAAAUGAUCAGGUCCAAGUAGAAACCCUCCAAUAAAACAAUGCAAAACAUAAUUUGAUAGAAUAUUAGCAUUAGCAUUGUUUUUUUAAUGAGAAAGGGUCACUUUGAGAUUUUUGGUUUUACAGUUUUUACAAUUAAAAAAAUAAAUACAAAUUCUUCAUGACAUAGAGAAACAAACUGUUAACGUUUUUCAGUUCUCCAACCAUCUGGUUUUGAAGGCCAUCUUUUCCACCAGCGACUCUUUAACGCACAGCUACAAUGUUGUAUUGUAUCGAUGUUAUUGGGAGCAGCUGCACGAGUCACAUUUCCGUCUGCCAAAAUCGAACGCACCUGCUCCUCUUUAGACAGUUUUAUUCAUUUCAUUUUAUCAUUUAGAUUUAUUCCUAAUGUUCAGAUCAUAACCAAAUGCUCUCUCCUGAUACCGCCCACCUGCUGGCCUGGCCGCUCUUCACAGGCGAGGACGGGCUAAAUGAUGACUCUUUUACUGCAGGUGGACACAUACUGCAUCACUGACCCUUGAGAUGACCCACACACAUUCACACUCCUCACAACAAAGGGUUCAUUCACUAAUGGUGUGUGUACACGCAUAUUUGUACAUAAAUCCUCUGUGUGAACAUUUGAACACAUAAUUAAUCAAUAUGUUGCCAUAGGGUGUGUUUUUGUGUUUCAACAUGUUCCCUCUUUUAGGAUAAUUUGGUCUUGUGCAAGAUCUGAAAUUUAUAGGCUGACUAGUGGACUCCAUCCAAUUGUUUAUGUUUACUCUUAUUAGUUGUCUGAUUAAAAAUACUUAAAUCCUUGCUAUAUUUAGUCUUAAUUAUAAAAAUAAUUGUUCAUGUAUUUUUAUGACACUUGUUGAUUAAUGGUCAAAUUUAAGCAUUCCUUUUCUGUUUUUUCUUAGUGACCUUUAGUUAGCAAGGUAACAGCUUAGCCUAUUAGCUUAGCAUAGCACUAAACCCUCCUUUGAUUAGCUAAAACAAGAUGCCAUGGUAAUAACACAGCUAUUAUUAAAUGACACCAAAAGAGAGUAAAGUCACAGAAAAUAAAUUACCAGUUGCGCUGUAAACACUGAUUUUGACUCUUCUGAAACCCUUCAUAGGUCAGAUAAAGGCACAUGGCUUUUUAUGAACUGAAUAACUGAGAACUGCUGAGAGAAAACACGUGUUCUUUCAUGUAUGUGACGAAACCAAAGUGAUUCCAAGGCAAAACUGAGUUGCAUAUUUCCGCAGUACUGUUUAAUUGAGUGCUGAACAUCUGUGUAAUGGUUUGUUGAGUGUCCUGAAAGAAUGACAUUAAAACUAAUGCUUUGUCUCACUGUAACGGACACCCCUCAUUUGCAUUUCUAUCUCACAUCUCGUGCAAAAUACAGUGGGUCUACAGUUUGCAACCACAUGGAAAUUAUGUGAUUCAUCGUCUAAUUUAAACCUGGAAAUAACCAGAAUUUUGAAUAACCAGAAUGAAGAAAAGAGAUAUUUAAGAUUCUGAAUUCUUCCAUUGAAGCACAAAAGAUG